AUGCAGCUGUCAUACCCCGACCUCGUUCAACGGCUUUACAACCUUGAGCGCCUUGCCGAGCCACCGUCUCCGGGUGAGCGCGGUGGUUGCAUGUCGAGCUAUGACCGGCGAUCUCGCUAUGACCCCGAGAAGGGCGAGUACAUUGACUGGGACGCCAACAACGACGGCAACGGGAUCAUUCGCAAGGAGGGCAAGUGGGUUGUCGCCUUCGAACAGCGCGGACCGGGGGUCAUAUGGCGCUCCUGGUCGGCCAUGCCCGACACCGUUCGUAUACAAAUAUUCAUCGAUAAGGGGCACGGCGGCGAGCCCGCAGUUGAUAUGCCAUUCCGGGACUUUUUCGAUCGUUUUCAGGGCAUGCCGCACAACUUUCCCUCCAUCGCGCCGACGCUGUCCCGCGGCCGUAACAGCUUCAUCCUCAUCCCUUACAACAGCUACGCAAAGGUCCGUCUUGGACCGGGCUGGGGAGCCUACUAUCACUUCACGUACACCUCGUUCCCGAGCCAUACAACACUGCCGCGCUUUGCCGGUACAUUUGACCGUGAAGCAUGUCUGACACUGGCCGCGGCUGACCGUAAGCUAAGUCGGCGUGGCUGGGCCACGCUCCCUCGGUCGAAAGGCGACACGCUGGAUACACUCACGGUCACCAUCCCUCCUGGCAAGACUCGCAGUGUACGAGAGCUCAUGGGCAACCGAGCCAUAACCGGUAUCCGCGUUGUGCCGCUGGAUCUACCUCACGACUCUCGCCGUACGGCCAAGGUCUUGCGAGAACUCGUCUUGCAGAUAACUUGGGACAAUGACACGUCACCGAGUGUAUGGGCCCCGCUCGGAGACUCCUUUGGCAGCGUUCCAGGCAUCCAGACGUACCGUUCCCUCCCCCAAGGUUCGACAGACGGCGGCGGCUUUUACAGCCACUGGUUCAUGCCAUUCUCCGACAGGGCCAUGCUCGAGGUGACCAAUGACGGCGAGAGAGAGCAAAAACUUUUUUUCACUGUCUGUCAACGCCCGCUCGACAAGUCCGCAAAGCACAUGCUGCGUUUCCAUGCAAAAUGGCACCGAGACGCGUUUCUCGAGAAGCCCAUCAAAGAAGGCCGAGAUAUCGACUGGCCCAUCCUGAUGCUGAACGAUGGGCCGGGCCGUUUCUGCGGCGUGCAGAUGCACAUCUGGAAUCACUGGGAGGAUCCCGAGGUACCAGCGAAGGACUGGUGGUACGGCGUCGGCGGGAACAAGUCGAUCGAUUGGUGGUGGGGGGAGGGGGACGAGAAGUUCUUCGUCGACGGCGAGAAGUUCCCCUCCACAUUUGGCACCGGCUCGGAGGACUACGUCGGCUAUGCGUGGGCAGCCGAGCCGCCGUUUCCGACGUUCGAGAGCGCCUUUGCCUGCCAGCCUUACGUCGAACUGGAUGCCAACGGUCACAUGUCUGUCUGCCGCUUCCACGUGUGCAACGACGUGCCCUUCCAGAAGAGCUUCGAGGCUUACAUUGAAAAGUACAAGCCCAACGAGUGGGGUCGUGGCAACAAGUGCCUGUACUCCGUGGUUGCCUACUGGUACCAGAGAGCUAGGGGCCACGACGCGUACGGGAGGGUCCCGGUGACGAAACGGUACUUGGAGUGGAAGAGCCUCCGCCCUGUCGGCAAUGGAGCAGAAGGGAGCGGGGAUGAGCUGUGA